AUGAUCAGAAACAUACCGCCCUCGGCGCGAUCUCCCAUCGUUCGCAUCGCCAAUGGCACCUUUUACCGGCACCAUCCGAAUUCCCAGCCAUCAUCUCACGCCAAUCCUGCUCUAUUCAAAGAUCUCCAAUUUGAGCUGCCAUCAUCAUCGCCGGAGCCGCAUAACUGGUGCAUCGUUGGGCCUUCCUUGUCCGGGAAGACGACUUUUUUGCAAGCUCUGAGAGGGAGGCUGCUUUGUGAGCCUCCCACGGCGAGAUCGUACCCAUACCUGUCAUCAGAUGCCGUAUCUUCGAGACUGAGAACCCCCAACAAGGCGAUUCAGUAUGUUGGGUUUGAUGCUGAGCAGGCGGCCGGAGGAUUGGGCGGUGCAGUGACAACAUCGGCAUACCUCGCUGCGCGGUAUGAGUCUCGCAGGGAGAUUACUGAUUUCUCGCUGAGAGACUUCUUGUUGGGCAAUACGGAGCUGAACCCUGCCAAAUCUCCCGGCCAGGAGAGCCAGGAAGAGGGCGGGAUAUCAACUGAACUGCUGAAACGCGUUGUCAAGGACCUUAGACUGGAACAUCUGCUGGAUCUGCCUGUGACAUUCCUGAGUAACGGCCAAGGCAGGAGGGCAAGGAUAGCUCGAGCACUUCUGACGAGGCCCGAGGUUUUGCUUCUGGACGAGCCGUUCAUGGGACUCGAUCCUCCGACGGUGACGGGCUUGAGUCCGCUGCUGGAGUCUCUUGCCGAAAAGGCCAAUCCGCGACUGGUGCUGAGUGCCAGGCCGCAAGAUCCUCUCCCAGAAUGGAUUACGCAUCUGGUAUACCUGAGAAUGGACUGCCAGAUUGAAUCAAUGGGACCGAAGGAGGUUGUGCUGGAUGGCCUGAAAAAAUACAUCCAAGGCGUCAAAGUCGGCGGGCUAGCAGAAGAUGAAAAGCUGCCUAUUCAUACUUUGGCUGACAUUGGGCGAGUUUUAUCCAAAGAUUCUGCAGCUCACAGUCACGACCAAUCGGAAGCUUCUUCGACUUCAGCAUCAUUUAAUUCACAGCAACCUAUGAACCCCAAUGCUGAGCCUCUGGUUGAAAUGGAUGGUUGCCAGGUCCGCUAUGGUGAUAAAAUUGCUCUUGGAAACUGGUCACAGAAGACGCCUCACGGUGACAAGGCUGGCCUGAUUUGGACUGUCCGGCGAGGUGAACGCUGGGGCGUGUUUGGUCCCAACGGCUCGGGCAAAACAACCAUUGUUUCUCUUCUUGGCUCUGAUCAUCCGCAGACUUAUUCGCUGCCUAUCAAGCUCUUUGGGCGAAGCCGUCUACCUGAGCCAGGCUCUGGACAGCGGCCGCUCACCUUUUGGGACAUUCAAUCUCGUAUCGGCCAUUCCAGCCCAGAGGUCCAUCAACACAUGCCGAGGAGCCACACAAUUCGACAAGUGGUUGAGAACGCGUGGGCAGAGACCUUUGGCGCAAAGCCCAAGCUGGGCGCCGAGGCAAAAGCCAAAGUCGAGGCAGCUCUCAAAUGGUUUGAACCAGAGCUAAAGCCAAACAGCGCUGCAGGCAGCGAGGGCUUGAAAUGGGCCGACGACUACAUGUUUGGUGAGAUUUCAUUCAGUGCUCAGCGCGUGGCGCUAUUCAUACGGUCUAUGAUUAAGGGGCCCGACAUUGUCGUAUUGGACGAGUCGUUUAGCGGCAUGGACGACGCUGUGCGAGACAAGUGCACGCUGUUCCUCACUGAUGGAGAGGCGAAGACUUAUGUAGGCGAAGAGAUUGUGCAGAGCCAGCAAUCCAAGGACGGCACCGUCAAGGUGGAGGGAUUGUCGGACCAGCAGGCGCUUAUAUGCAUUGCGCAUAUCAAGGAGGAGGUUCCGGACUGCGUGAGAGAGUGGGUUUGCUUGCCGGAGGCGAAUACGAAGCAGCCGGCGAGGUUUGGGAGACUGGAUGGUGCCUUGAGGGAAGAGGAGAAGAGAUGGAAUGAGAUUUGGGGGUUCUGA